GUCGCUCAGAGGGGUCGAUCCCUCCACCAGCCUCUUUCUACCAGCCUGUGAGAAGGGAGAAGGCUCCUUGGAUAAGGAGCUGCGGGGGCAGGUUUUAUUUUGGGCAUCGGUCAGCCUCCCCCUCCCUGGCUUGGAAGGGAAGAGCCCAAGCAAGGAUGCACCAAAAGGGUUUGAAACCCGCGGAGCGGAGCGCGGCAAGCGGCAGCCUUUAACCCUCCGGCCACAUUCACCAGGGGGUCAAAAUGCUGAUAACGGUAACACCACCCCAUGAACCUGUCCCCCUCCAGUCACAGGCUCCACCACCACCUAUUCUACCAAAGCCUGGAACAGACAACCUUAAGCUACAGAAGCUCCUGAAAAAAGCUACAAAGAAGAAAGCCACCUUAUCAGCACAGCAAGCCGCAUCAUUCCGGUCCAAUCUGUCUCCUGUAAGUGAGGCUAGCCCAGACUUGGAGCACAAUGAACGCUCUUCCCCACUCAAGCCAACAGAAACUGAAGCACGCCUCACUAUCAAUCUUCCGCCCCGCUUUUCAGUCAAGCCCAUCAUCCACCAUGUUCCUUCUCCUUUUCCUAAAGGAAGGCCCUUCACAUUCACAAUUACAGAACAGAGGAGUCUUUCAGAACAUCUCAAGCUCACAGUCUCACCUGCGACAUCUCCACAUCACAGACCAAAAACUCCUGAGUCACUGAGGCAAUCCACAGAGUUUCCAUCAGGCCCACCUACUCACUUGGCCCCUGCCUUUGUUUUUCAUGAACAUCCCAUUUCCUCCACUCCUCAAGUGGAGACUCCAGUCAUGGUCACUCAUGUUGCUGAAAUGCAUUCCUCUUUUCGUAGAGUGCAAGCACCAAGGGUUAGGUCUCCACUAAUAGGUCAGCCAGAGGACUAUCCAAGUAGCUUCCAUGUGCAAACAGACCAUUCAGCCUCACUAUCAAGCCAGAUGUAUGACACAUCUUUUGUAAAGCAGCCCAGGCCAGUUACCCCCAAAUUAGAUGUUACUGCAGCCCCUGAGCCACCCACCAGGAAAAUGAAGACUGAAAUACUCCAUGUCCCUAGGCAGUAUACAGUGGUUACAUCCCCAACUCAUCAGCUGGACAGGCCUGUGACUCCAGGAAGCAGCAGAAGCCCUGAACCACACCCUGAGGUCCAGAGACAGUCAGGCUCCAACACAUCACAGUACAUGGGGCCAGAAACACUUCUUCCUGCUCCAUCCACAGUCAGUACACAUAAGUUCUUGCCAGAAAGGAUAGACCAGCUGGCUGUAUCAUCGCCACCGCCACCACCUGUCUCCCAGAGUCCUGCAAGCUCCUCACCUAAAUCAAAGCCAGCAUUGCCCCUCAAAAACAAACUUAGUGGCUGGUCUCGCCUCAAAAAACACUUGAUAGUGGAAUCUGAAGUACCUCAGUGCCCAGUCUCAGAAUCUGAGCCAGAGCAAGGGAGAGAAAAGACAGUAACUGAAGCCUCAGAAGAUGACCCAGGUCCGGGGAAGAAAGGAACCAAAUCAAAAGCCAUCAAGAUGUGGGAUGCCAUCUUGUACCAGAUGACAGUCAGCAAGGAAAAAAGGCAACAAGCUGAGGAAAAGGAAAUAAGGAGAGAGGGAAUGUUUUCAUUCCGGCGACGUUUACCAUUGCUCCUCCACAGGCCACGCUUUGACGCCCGGAAGCUUAAAGAGCUGGCUUCCAAACCCAUGACAAAGAUCACUACUCUGUUUGAAGUGCGCCGUAUCCAACGCCAACCACCUGAAGAAACACAGAUGGGUUUUAAUAGGACUGCAUCUGGAUGGCAGGUGAAGGAAGGAGAAGAAUAGAAGUUUCCUUGAAAAGAUGAUCAAUAGGCUGAUAGAAUCUGAAAUAAAUCCAGAUUUUACUAAAGCAGCACUUGAGAGGGAAAAAAAUAAAAUAAAAUCCUCCACAGGGUUAUUGUCUGUGUACUGAAAGAUGAACAUCCCUAUUUUACUCAGAUUUAACACUGGGCUUGAGAGAGAGGCUUAUUUUAGCCCUGUUUUAGGAAUAACAGGCUAUAUAGAAGAAAUUAAAACCAUCUACUAAAAUAAAUAUAGGAUAUAACAGAAAUGUGUAGGCUUGCUCAGCCAAGCCUACCUUUUAUUCUAGAAUAAUGCUGAAGUUCUUGGCUUUUUUCCCAUGUCCAGUAAAUGGCAUUUUGAAUAGAAUCAGUCAUCCCGCAUCAUGGUACACAUGUUCAGAGUCUCUCUCCCCAUCCCCCUUUGUGGUCAAAUGGUGUCCAGAGCUUUAGACCUCUUGGUUAGAGGACAAGAUGAAGAGGAGUAUAUGUAGUAGGAACAGUGAUUGUUUCCAUAAGCUAUUUUCAUGUUUCUGGGAGGGGAAAAAAAACUUCUCUCAUACAUAGCCUAAAUCUAAAUUGUAAUACUAAUAUGCACAGAAAAUUAGAGUUUGAAAUCAGCAACAAUUAUGCAAGAACAAGGUACAAGAUAGCUUCAGAUCCUAAAAAGAUGAAAAUAAAACGAUAAAGCAGUUUGGCCUA